UGUAAGCCACUAUACCAGCCCAUCUAACGUUUUACAGUCGCACUUAAGUGUCUUUUUAUUGAAAUAAUAAAAUAAACAUGUCGCUAACGAAUUAUUAUUCCAUGAUGGGGCUCCAGACCGAAGAGCCGUACGGUACACAUUUUAUCACGGGAGGCUUGCAGGGAUCUACGGCCGGCUGCGCAAAGCCAGUCCGGGGAACGGAGGAGGAGGAGGGAACCCCGGGCUCACACAUUCCGGAUUUUUCACAUUUUUCCAACAAACAAACGAGUUUAAACGGCUUUUCUCCUUGGACAAACACAUCUACUUCCUCUUCGUCCUCCUCUCCGCAGCUGCAGUCCACCCCCGGCGCUUCCAUCUCUGGCCUUUUUCAUCCACAUCACCUCUUGAGCCACCACCACCCAUACUAUGGUCCGCAGACGCAGACCCACGCCGAACACCUCUCAUCCGCGGUCGCCUCCGAGAGCCGGUUCGUACGCUGUUGGGAGGGGGCGACUCCCACCUCGGAGACCUCUCUGUCCCAUGCCUCUGCCGGUUUUCCCGGGUGUCUCCCCUCUCAGGGUGACCUCUCCAAUCUGAGCCCGAGGUUCGAGGUGGUUAAACCCGAGAGUUCACCGCCGCCACACGGCAGCCCCGAGGAUUCCAGCUUCGCCAGCCCGACUGAGGUGGUCCUCGAGCGGCUUGGGACCGCGGAGGAGCUGGGAAGAAAGCCGGAGCCCAAAAAAGAGGACGCGGAGAGAGAAACAGAACAGCCUGACCCCGAAAAUCCAUCAGCUAGCUGGAUCUAUGCCAAGUCCACUCGGAAGAAAAGGUGUCCGUACACCAAACACCAGACCCUGGAGCUGGAGAAGGAGUUCCUCUACAACAUGUACCUAACCAGGGACCGGCGCCUGGAGGUGGCAGGGCUCUUAAAUUUAACAGAGAGACAGGUCAAAAUCUGGUUCCAGAACAGGCGGAUGAAGAUGAAGAAGCUGAUGACCCGGGAGAGGAGGAGUUUGAAUGAAUGAUGGAUUUGGAGAAGAGGCUGGGGUUGUUUUUUUUGCAGGAUAGGUGAGGAGGAGGUGAGGUUAUAGCUGAUAAAAGAGAAUGCAGUGCUCCGAGAUGUCCAACAUCUUUAACCUCAGCUAUCAUGAUCAGCUGCUACUAAGCGAGGGAUUGUGGAGCUAACAUGGCUGCCUUGGAGCACUGCAGUGGUCAAACUCCUCAGGGGAGACCAGGAUGGGUUGUAACACAAAAAGACUCCUAUCAAAGUCUUUUGGCCUUUUCAUGUUAGAUCUUCUGAACUCUGGUGUAGAAUUCUUCCAUCUGCAUGUUACAAAAUGAAGACAGUCAACCUGUAACGUGGGGUAGUUGUAAAUAACGCUCAGAAUGAAAUGUUAACAUUUAUAGGGAGAUCCAUAAAUUUAGGCAAAAAACACACUAGCUGAUAUCAAAGACUUUGUUCACUUUAAAACACAUCUGUUUUUGAUAAGGGUGUAUAUCUCACAAUGUCCAAAAACUGAAACUACUUGACACAUACUUGACUUCACAUAAAUUGUCUGUGCUUUCUGCCAAAAUGUGAAUCAUGUUUUAAAAACUAUUAGCCUCAUAAAAAGUGCUCUCAGUGUGCCAGACGAGACUGUGCUAUCAAAAGAUAAAUCCCAUGAGUGAUCCCGUGAAUGAGUGCCUGUCUUAUGUCUGAAAACUCGUCGCAGAGUGUUUAUUUGAAAUUAAAAUAAAAUAAUUGUGGAAAAGAAACCUAAACAAACAGAAGCGUGACACUUCUAAUGAAAUUAUUGCUUAAGACAGACAAGAGGGUGGGCCAAACUGGGGAAAUUAAGCUGUGAGUUUCAGUGGCAAGUGAUGUAAACAGGAAGAUG